ACACACAGGGCAAGGCACACAUUACACAGCAGCAGCAGUCUUGAACAUACACACAGGGCAAGGCACACAACAACAGUCUUCAACAUACACACAGGGCAAGGCACACAGCAGCAGCAGCAGCGGCAAUAAUUAGAAGAUUGGCGCGUGGGUGUCGGCGUCGGAGACAACCGACAACAUCGUCAUCAUCAUCUUCGCUUGUCAUUCACACCUGUUCGUAAGAUCAUAAUUAUAUUAUCAUCACGUUUGAACAGUUGGUACCAUCAGUAAGUAGGCUUCGUCCCAUCGUCAUCAUUAUUGACAAUCGGUGACAUCCCUUAGCCAUUCGGUAUUACCAUCACCGUCAUCAUCCAUCACCAUAAUUCACCACCUUGCAGUGGCACGCACAAGUAAGAAAGCCAUCGUCAACGUCAUCAUCAUCAUCCAGGUGAUCGUCGUCAUCAUCAUCGUGGAGAUAGCCGUGAGUGAUGGCGGAUGGUGGAGGAUGUUCGCAACACGGGGAUGCCUCUGGAGGAGACUGCAGCACUUGUGAGUCCGAGAGCCCUGGGAUAAGCGAGAGCCCACGUCCCCUACUCCCCUCGGAGGAAGACCGCGUUCUAGAUGAGGAGCCCAACACCUUCUUCUGGCGUGCGCACACGAUCACCGUCCUCUUCGUCCUCAUUUGCGUCCUCGUGCACGUCACCCUCGUCGAGGAGACGCCCACGGACUCGGCGUACAACCAGAAGAGAGGCUUCAUCGCCAGCCUCCUGGUGUUUCUCUGCUUCGGUGUGACGCAGGCGAAGGAUGGUCCCUUCACGCGGCCACACCCGGCGUACUGGCGCUUUUGGCUCUGCGCGAGCGUGCUCUACGAGCUGGGGCUCAUCUUCAUCCUCUUUCAGACGGCAGACGACGGCCGUCAAUUCAUGAAGUUCAUUGAUCCCAGCCUGGGCGUCCCGCUGCCCGAGAGGGACUACGGAGGGAACUGCCUCAUAUACGACCACGGCCGCCCCGGAAACCCCUUCCACAACGUCUGGGAUAAAUUUGACUGCUUCGUUCUGGCUCAUUGUCUUGGCUGGUUUGCCAAGACGCUGGUCAUCCGGGACUGGUGGAUGUGCACCAUCAUGAGCGUGAUGUUCGAAUUCCUGGAGUACUCCCUGGAGCACCAACUGCCCAACUUCAGCGAGUGUUGGUGGGACCACUGGAUCAUGGACGUGCUGGUGUGCAAUGGGCUGGGCAUUUACUGCGGCAUGAAGACCCUGGAGUGGCUGUCCAUUAAGCCCUACCGCUGGCAGAACCUCUGGAGCAUCCCUACCUACAGGGGUAAAAUCAAGCGCGUGGCGUUCCAGUUCACGCCGCACAGCUGGGUGCGGUUCGCGUGGAAGCCGGCGUCCAGCCUGCACCGCUGGCUCGCCGUCAUCGUCAUAAUCUCCGUGUUCCUGCUGGCCGAGCUCAACACGUUCUACCUCAAGUUCGUGCUGUGGAUGGCUCCGGAGCACUUCCUCAUCACGGUGCGCCUCGUCUUCUUCAUCCACUGCGGCGCCGUCUCCAUGCGUGAGGUCUACGACUUCCUGGACGACCCGAAGCUGAGCCGUAAGCUGGGGCAGCAGGCGUGGAUCACGGCGGCGGUGACGAUGACGGAGUUCCUCAUCGUCAUCAAGUACGACCCCGGGACGGUGUCGCGCCCGUUCCCCUUCCACGUGGCGCAGUGCUGGCUGCUGGGCGCGACCGGCGUCCUCGCGUGGACCGUGUGGAGGUUCUUCAUCCGCGAGAUCAGCUUAAAGUGGCGGGCGCGACGAGAGGGGCACGGUGACUCGACGCAACGGGACAGGAGUCGGUCGCACUCGGACACGGACACAAACUCGAAACACGCCCGUCCACGGCUUCGGAAGUUCGGGCUGACCGAGGGCCAAUCCAACGGCCACAUGUGAACAAGAGUGGCCGUUUGCGCGCGUGUGUGCUUUUAACGCGAUCCGUUCGCUCUACUUGUUAGCAAGGAACGAUUGAACGCGGCCACAUCCGAAACGCGUUGCCUCUCUUUUAACGGCACCACAAUUUGAAAAAAAUGUGCUUUUUACCGAAGCGGGUAAAGGUAAAGAUACAUCCCCGCAAUUUCUUGCACACGCCACUGCUUGGCGGAAGAGCCACGCUAGAGGGUGUUUUGGUCUACUCUUCCACACUGACCCGACAUCUUGGAAGGAGGUGGGCGUGCGCGCGCAUCCCGCCCAGCACACGCGACCUACCGCUACCCGCGUGGCCUGCGUCUCUUGCCUGUAUGCGGUGUGGGGUCUUGCGUGCACGUGCGUCUCUCCCGCUGCGUGUCUGCGUGUACGAGCGUACGCACGUCCAUCCGUCCGUGCGCGUAUCGGUCCGCGUCAUCUAUCUCGAGGGUGAUGUUUGGGUCUAACUACACCAUGCUGACCAAGCGUCUUCUAGGAAGAGGCCGGUGUACCCACACUCUUGCCCACUGCACGUGGCCUGCCGCUAAGACUGUUUUGACCUGAGUGCCUUUGGGAAAUGUUUGUGAUGCAUAAGGAGUGACAUGCAGAAGGGAACAAAAAUGAAAUUUAACGCUGGAGGCAAUUAUUUUUGCGUACAAUGUCGAGCAAUGAUCUGUAGGGAAUCACUCGUUUGUGCGUUCCUGCUUAAACUGGUCACCUGCUUCGUAUUUAAUGCACCUCGUUUCGUAUGUUUAUGUGAUUAGCAAUAGCAUUCGAAGACAAUUGCACGUGAAAUGGUGUUACACGCAUACUAGGCGUGCAAAGAUUCACGACGCUCCACCCCCUCUCGGCCUACCGAUAAAUUGCCGGUGGCUUGGGGGGGGGUGAUUUCAACUGAGUUUGUACAUAUUUAAAUGCAGUAUAUAUAUACACAACAGGGUUUCUCAAACUCAUCUAAUCACGGUCCACCGCUUGUCUGCCUUACCAUGUUCACGAGUCUUGGUGGUUGGCGCAGCGGUAACACUUGUGCCUCACAGCAACAAAUAACUGGGUUCGAUUUCCCAGGUGCCUUUCUGUGUGGAGAAGUUUUUUUUUUAUUUUGUCCCCCUCUUAUACAUGAGUUUCCUCUUUCCUCCCAUAAACAAAAAAACUGACAAUGUAACUGCUGAAAAGGUACCUGCAAAUUACUCAAUUGGGAUCACACACAGCAACAACAUCACCCCCCCCCCCCCCGCUGACAGACAUGCUGCACGCUGCUCAUUCUUGCUAGACAGUAUCCCCAUGCGACAGUCGAGUGAUAAUUUAAAUCCAGAUGGACAUCUUGAUUAUGUGUGCGUGUGAAUGUGGUGCAAGUUAACUGGCAAAGGCAUGGGCAGAAUCCUGCUUGCACGUCUGAUUUCGCCAACAAUGCUUCCGAAAUAGCAAUGAGUUUGUAUACAAUGUAGUUACAUUUUUAUUGUUGUUGCAGGAACGCAUCGUUUAGACGGAGUGCUCUUGCCAAUAACGUCUGACACCACGGUAAACAUUUUUUUUUUUUACAAUCCUGAAUCUGCUGCUGACACGCAAAGUCGAAGCUGGUUCAGAGUUUCCGUGCUGAAACGCAUGCUACUGGAUAAUAAGUGGACUGGGAAGGCCAUGAGUUCAAAGGGCAAUGCAUUUAAUUUAUGCGGAGACACAGAAAGGAAUUCUGCCUCUAUAUGUUUUUUUUUUACGAAUUAUCCAGUGUUAUGGCACGUGUUUCACAAUCAUCGGUUGUGCGCAGCAUGUGACCACUUAGUUUGUAUUUGAACAGAGGCGAUUGGUUGAACUUGGAAAGAUCAACGUUAUCAAUGUACCACCAGGUAAUAACUUAAGAGACCAAGAUAAAGUCCGUCUUCUUUGCAAGAGGGACCUGGGGCAUUCGUCUUCCCGUGGGAACGAUUAUAUAUAAUCCCGAUCGAGUCCUUUUGCGGAUCGAUUUUCGAAAUUUGGACCUUGACGGUGGCACCGGACCGGCCCACUUUCGCGAAUCACGCUGUCACGGGGAUCUUUAACCUCCGCUGUGAAGUGGAUGGCGCGUGGUCUCACCACGGUUAUUGCCCACACCGGCGUUGAUAACUAGGGCAGCCGCUGGAUUUGAACCGCGAGCCUCUGCAAAAAGCGGUGCACGCGCUGGUGUGCGUGCGUGUGCAUUGCGGUGCGUUGCUAGUGACUGGCGUUUGAGAACUCCUGCACUUUAGAAUGUGUAUUUGCUAUGCAAAAAAUUACGCUGCUCGCUAUCGGCAGCAUCUUGACACGAACGCUCUCAAGUGUGAACUUUGCCCACAGCAGUUUAAGGUUUUUCUCAAAGAUAGCUUUUUCACGGUUGAUUGCUGCUUGUUAAAUUCAGUGUACCUCAACACAAAGUAAUAUGAAUGCACACAUACAUUUGUUUCGCUGUGUUGACGUGUUGAUGAAUUGCCGUCGUUUCGUGCUGCUGCUGCUGCGUCGUUUCUCGCGUUUGUUCUGCAGAGCUGUCCAAUGUAUCUUAGCAUUGAACGCGAUUCCCGGCGUUUCACUCGUCACGCGAGGAUCGUCUUCGGCAACUGAAUUGCCAAAGCCCUAAAAUACAUCGUAGUGCCACCAAGGGGCAUUUAGUGCUCGCGAUCUGAAUUUGUGGACCGUGUCCUUUUUAACAUGCGUUGUCUACCACGAGACUUGUGGGUAAGGACAUUAGUUUUGUGAUUUUUUUAACGUAGUUUUUACUUUAAAAUAUGGGAGACCUGCUUACAAUGUCCUCACUCGCUCGUGAAUUUGAGAGGUAUUUUGAAACAAAGCGUUGUGGUUUUCUAAUACCGUGCAGUGCGAGUAUUGAUAUUUGCAGCCGAGAUUCUUGCCACGGGUUUAAAAAACAAAAUCAGUGUAGCGCCUAUGAAUCCGUAGGUUUUCGGGGGUCGUCUUAAAAGGCCCUCCUGACGUGUUUGGGGUUGUACAGCAGGUUGUUCGGUACAAUGUCCGACGGUUCGCUACACAUGCGGAAAGUCUUCUCUUAGGAACCAGAAGAAAUACGCAGCAUGUCGAGUGAACAGUCGGACAUCGCGACGGACAACGCACGGAUACAACCCACAAACGAAGCGGAGAACCACCCCAGUGUAGAUGUCACCAAGAGGCUCCCUUAAGGAAGAUGCCUCUUGAUUAACCUCAAACACCUUGUAGCGUGGGGACUUGUAAAUCAAUCAUCUGGUGUGACCUUCACGAAGGACUGAGCAAUAAAAUAAUGAAUAUUGUCAUAUUUGUAAUUUACAGCUAUUAUAUCAGUCCACUGCUGGAUGAAAGGCACUCCCACACUGUCGGUUGUGGUUGUCGUUUGAUAACUCUUCACCGCUCUGGUCAGCAUGGAUUGGUGAUGACCUAACCCAAUUUUCGUUACUUGAAUUUACUCUCGUGUAGAAUAUACCCUCGAGUAUAUACCGUAGAUGGGGCGUGCGACAGGGCUGGCUGACGGUAACACAUCCAAGAACUUCCAGUCUAUCUAACCUUCAGUGUCUCCGUUAUGUUGUUUGUAAAUUUGCUUCCUGUGUCGUUGUAUUUCACCAAUUUAUGUUUGGGACAGAUGCUAAGGAGGGCUAUUGCCAGUGGAGGCAUUCAUUGCUUAAUAUUGCAGGUGCCCCCGGUUGCUUCUGGGAAGAGAUUGGGGAAUAGAGGAAUUAAUUUCAACCAGAGAUGUCUGGUGCUGAGCUCCAGAAAAUAUAUAUAUAUUUUAAAUUAAGCCCUGGGCAGAUGGAUUUAUAUAAUAUUGCGUGGUCAGAAGAGCUGCACAUUCCGGUGGGUUUGAAUUUUUGUACCGUAGGGUGAGAGUUGUCAUGCACGUGCUCAUUAAGAAAAGAUGACUGGCUGAAGUUAAUCGUGGAGGUAAUAAGUGUAUAUUUGCUGUUACGGACAAAACUGAUCCAUUGGUGAAAUUUACGAAUGAUGCUCUUGGCGGCUAUGAAUUAAACUUUGCAGAGUAACGAAAACUA